AUGUCUCGCCAGCGCAAAGGAAGAACGAAAUUCCAUGUCGGCGGUCUUCAACCUAGUCAACUGCAAGGCGACACCAGCAUGCACUUCCUCACCAGCGGUCGUAACGCCCAGUCGAGGAUUCACAAUGUCGCACCAACAGCAGCACUCUCUACUCGCGUGUCCGAAGAAGAUCUAGCGGAGUGGAUGCCUUUCCUGGACCUGGCGGAUGACGAGCUGGUUGCAAUUGCGCAGACAAUCUCCUCAGAGCCUCAGCCAUUGGGAGACGACGAGCUGUCUGGCAAACGAAAGCGCACUACAACGGCAUCUGAUGACCCCAUGGCUCUCUGGCGCCAGAUGAUUCCCGCAUAUCUCGGUGAAUUGUUGCGGGGGGAAGCCUUGGGGAAAGACCAUACUCGACCUUCAUGUGCCGCUUGUGGGGAAAGACUUUGCGAAACCCCAGAAUCCCGCGCAUUCCGCUGUGCCGAUUGCAGCCCCUUCGUGCAAUGCGAAGACUGUUUGCGUCAACGACAUGAGCAGCUGCCCCUUCUCAUCGCCCACAGGUUUGGACGGGAUUCUGGCGCAGAUGCGCGCUUUUUCGGCCUUCAGCGGGCGAAGCGAAUCCAGGUCUUGGAAUGGUGUAUCAACUUGGCCACCAUGGAUUUGCAUGCUCGCAUCCUGACUGGCGAGUGCGAGCGCUGGUGGUCAUUGAUGUUGGAGGUGUUUUCAAGGUUGACGUCAGAUUUUGCGCUUGUAGCUCUAGUCUCCGGCACCGGCACACAUUCCUCUCUCAACUUCUCGACAACGCCUGACCUCUUCCGAAUGCUGAAGGUCGUCGGGAACAUGAAUGCUCACGACUUUGACCGCUACAAGGCGUUUGGGCGAAUGAGCCGGCAAUAUGACUUUCUACUUCGGGCCAAGCGAGCCGGCCGGGGGCAUGUGCAGGAUGGGCUAGCGGAGACGCCACCCGGGGGUCUGGCUGUUUGCUGUUGGGCGUGUCCCGAUCCUAAGCGAAACCUACCGGAGGGAUGGGAAACAGUGGACAGCUCUAAAUCAUAUAUAUACUCCUUAAUGCUGGCCCUCGACGCCAACUUCCGACUGAAGAAUCGAAUUCGCGGGAAUGAAAGACACGAUCCCUCUUUGGGAAGUGGUCUUGGUUAUUUCGUCGAGCUCAACGAAUACAAGGAGCAUCUCCGACAUUAUGUGGCGGAGGAAGAUGUUAGCACCUGUAUCGCUUUCGCAGCCCUGAUGCAAAAAGAAACAAGGCUUACGACGGGCUUACGGGUGUCAGGCGUCGGGGACUUGCAGAAGGGAGAGCGCUAUGCGAAUAUGGACUGGGUCUUCCUCAAAGCUGUUGGUGGUGUCGAGUUGAAACGCCUUGUCGUGUCCUACGACAUCGCAUGCCAAUGGAAACAGCACAUUCGAGAGCGAGCAAAAAAGCUGGGUGACAAAGAGGAGACCAUCGUAACCAAGCUCGACGACUACACGCUGCAAUUCGCCCUGCCCGUCUGGCACGCUGUUGCGCAUGAAACCAGCUGUCAAGCCGCAAACUCGUUAACACACGCGGUUGGCGUUGGGCGAACAGAUGGCGAGGGGAUUGAACGAACAUGGGCGAUCUUGAACCCCAUUGCCUUCUCCACGAAGGAGAUGGGGGAGGGGAACCGACAUGACACCAUCGAGGAUAAGGUCGAUCAUGUGAAUUUCGAGAAGAAUGUCAGGCAAGGCGAUACAUUGGCCAGAAAGAUGAUCAUUGCUCUGGCGCAGCGCGAUACACAAAUUGGAGAGUUCGCGGAGGUCGACGACAGCCUUGACCCGGUUUUGCGAGCGGAUUGGCAACGUCGAAUCGAUGCUUGGAAUGCGGACAACACGCGCCCAAACCCUUACCUUUCUGAGGCAAGACAUGCGGGGCCUUCAGAAGCCCAAAUUCUUGCUGAUUUGAAGAAGGCAGAAACAACAGCUGCUGCGUUCAUCAAAGGCGCACUGCAACUGGAGGACCAGCAGCGGCGCAUCCGCUUUGAGGCGAGCGGGACGACUACGUUGACUGCCGAACGAUCCAGUCAGCUGGACGAACUGCGGGUCUCUGUCCUCAAGAAGCUGCGCACAUUGCAGACACACCAGCUCGUUUUUAUGCCUGGCAUCGAAGGGUUACGACUGGCAGAGGAGGAGAAUCGGAAUCCAGACAUCGCUCCCCCUGCUGCUGAGGUUUCGAAACUGUGGCUUCCAAGCGACUUGUCUGCGGAGGAGCGGGAGGCCAUCUGCCGUCCAGAUUUGGUGGAGACAGAGGCCCAGUUGCGGCUAGGCCAAUGUAGUGAUUCAUUGGGCAAGAUACGGGGGCAUCUGCAUGCGAAGACUCACCUUAUCGACACUCGUAAUGCGAAUGCUGUUGGGCAGAGCUUGAGUACGAGAUUUGGGACGUUAAUCGGGCGGGUGGGAGAUCAAGCAAGACGGCAAGCGGUGAAAUACCGAGAGGUGCGAGCUGCGUUGGUACGGUUGAAGGGUCCAGACUUCGCGCCCCAGUUCCACGACCUUCAAGACGAUGAUUUGCGGGUGCACGUGGAAUCAGCGAGCGAUGCGCAGGCUCGCGCAGCGUUGGGCAAGCUGGGCUCAUCGCGGCGCGCUCGCAAUGAACCUUCGGUAACAAAGAAGAUGCUACCUGUAUCAUGGAUAUGGUUCACUGGUGGGGAAGCCGAUGACGACGAAUUGCACGAUUCUGUCCGUGUCCAGUGGACCAAAUGUCGUGCUCGAAGGGACAGAUGGAUUGAAGAAGUGAAUCUGUUACGGGAGGAGAUGCGUCGCGUGGUUAAGAGUGUCGAGGUUGUUCAGGAAGAGUGGCGGGAUCGAGAGCAGGGACGGGUGGGAGGGGAUAGCCAGUUAACGGCAGGACUGAUCGCAUACGCUAAGCGACAGGCGUUCGUUUAUGGAGAAGUCGAAAAGGCCUUUCGAGCAAGCUGGAGCUCUUCGGGUGUGGCUGCAAUCCGUGCAGUGGCGCUCAGUGUGGCCCCUCCGGCUCCGACUGCUCCGACUGCUCCGAUUACGCCGAUUACGCCGACUCCGAGUUUGUCGGCCAAUGUCCCGACAACCGGAAGUUAG